AUGGGCCGUGCUUCCAAGUUCGCCUUCCCGCUGCCCGGCCGCCGCGCCCACGGCGACCGGGACAACCGCCCGGAGCCGCAGCCUGCCAACGACUACGACUACCACCCGUCCAGCAAGGCAGAGCGUCUCUUGGGCACCGGCCUGCCUGGCCACCGCCAGGGAAGCUACUCCUCUGCCAGCGGCGUCCCCCGCAACAAUUCCGCCACCCCUUCGCUGGAGACCAAGCCGAGCUACAUGAGCAUCGCGCUGUCCGAGCCCAGCCAGGACUCUGCCCAACGCAAGGGCUCGAGUUACGCCGACGAUGGUCACCUCGUGCCACCCCAUCCCCGCUUCCACCAGGAUCAAUCGCACGCCCGCAGCAAAGAUCGCGCUGGUUCCGUCACCAGCUCCACCUACAGCCGCCACUUGAACUCUCAGGGCUCUUCUUCUACCAUGCGCUCGCACCACGACUCCCACAGGCAGCCCAGCCACGUCUCCCAGAAGCCGUCCAUGUCCUCCAUGCGCGACGGCGGCUUACGCAAAGGCCACCCUGCUUUUUCCUCGUCACAGAGUCUGGGACAGGAGAGCCUGAACGGCUCCGUCCUCAGCGGCGACUUCGGGUCCGCUGGCGGUGGUAGUAAGAAGAAGAAGGUCCCUGCACGCCUCGACCUCUCCAAGCUGUUCCCCAAAGCCCCCAAGUCCAAGAACACCAAGGACCAACAACUCCUGUCCCCUACCAAGUUCGUCAACUCUCCCGUCGCCAUGUCGAGCACCUCGACACAUUUCUCGCGGCCUCUCACCUCGCCCACUUCAUCGACUUCUAAUAGAGACAGGGCGCCUUCUCUCACGAGCAUCAGGACCAGUGACACCCUUCGUGAGGGAAGAGCUCAAGCUGCCAAGGAACGUGCGUAUAAGUCUCAAUUUGAUAACGCCAAGGUCAACAGGAGAAGACCUCCGCCAGGUAUUCAGCAUUGGUUCGACGGCAUAAGCGAUGAUGAAGAGGAAGAGGAAGAGGUCGAGACCCCGCACCUGCGAGCGAGCACGAGGCCCCAGGAAUCUCGAUCCGCAUCGCAGCACCGACCGUCACCACAUGAGCACCGACGAAAGGAGUCCUCAUCUGGACCUGGCCGCAGGGCUUCUCAUCACAGGCCCGCCUCUAAGCAACCAUCUUAUCCGGUGGACGAGCGUGCCUAUGCGGCGGAUCGCCCGCAUCGUUCAGAGCGUGGAUAUCCGAUCGAACCUCCCGCAGAACUCCAAACCUACCGGCACCGCGCCGACAAUUACCAGUCCGGUAUGGAUGCCCGGAUUGCUGAGAAGCCUCACGUGCGGAGCCAACCGAGUCAAAAUUCUUUCGCAACUCAUAACACGGCCCGGACCAACACGAGCAAGAUGUCUGGCAGGGACCUGAAAGGUGACAGCGUCCUGUCGCUUUCUUCAUCAGAGGACGAAGGUGAUCCUAGGAGCAGCGGCACCAGUCUUCCCAUCAUCCGUGACAGUCUUGCCAUGUCCACCGAGUCCGAGAGCGAGAUCAUGAUUGGUAGGGCCCAAGCGUUCGACAUCAGACCACGUCAAAACCGUCCAGGGAGGCGUAUGACUUCGGCGUCUGGGAACAGUAUACAGUCCUCUGGGACCGGUGCCACUAUUGAUGUUAUGCUGUCUCCGACCACUGCUGCCUCCAGUCAGACGAAUCUGGUUCUGCCAAGACAUUCCAAUUCUCGGGGUAGACGGGGAUCACGCCACUCUCGACAGGUCUCUGCGAUCCCAGAGGAUCAAGACAACGACUCAAAGAGCUACACCGAGAGCUUUAGCAACGCAUCCUUCGACGACAAAGAGAGCAUCAGGAGCGGGAGGACAUCCAAAAGCGAGCCGAGACAUUUGGGCCACAAGCUCAUGGCCGUCACUGAAGAAGAGGAGGUACUCUUGGAACUUAUGCGUAGGAAGCGUGCAGCUAUGGCAAAACAGAGCUUCACAGACGGCUACCGGUCAGCCAUCAAGGCCGAACAACAUUACAUGUCCAUGGACAGCCCGGUUUCAGAAUACUCGAGCAACCAAACCGUCAACGAAAGCGACUGGAGGCACUCCAAGAGGUCUUCACGCUCUCACACUACUAUAACCGAAUCUGAGCCUUCUUCCGCGGCUUUGGAGACACUGUCUAACGCAACUUACGUACCACCGUCGUCGCGGAACCGUCCUCCGCCCAUGGCGAACGAAGCACUACUCAGGUCACCCGCGUCGAGCUCCGUGGCGUCGACUUCCUCGGCAUUCUCCCCACCGCCGCGAUCGCGUGCUACACAGCGCAUCAUGUCGCAGGCCCCGCAGCUGUCUCCUGCUCUGUUCUCUCCACUUGAGGUCUUUCCUUCGCCACCCGACUCCCCGAAUUUCCCGGGCACUGCUUCGCACACGGACACCAUCCCCUCUCCUGUCACUCCUGGCCCGGUUUCCCACGGCGAACUUCAUGUCAAGGUUGCUGGCAGCUCUAUCGGUGGUAGCGAGGCCAGUUUCGGUACUGAUCAGGACUCUAUCCACAAUGCCCACCACCACCACCCAUCUGACUUCACCAUGGGUCACAAGGGCAAGGACAGGUCGAGGAAGGUUGAGAAUCUAGUUGCCAGGAACAACGAAGAGACCGAAGGCACACAUGGCAUCGAUAGGUCCCGUAGCCAUAGCCGACGACGUACUGCUAGCUCUGGCGCCAACGUUGCCCCUUGUGCAGAGCCAGUUGCACAAUCAGCAGCUUCCAAUAACUUUGCCGUCCCGCCCCGCACGUCCUCGAUAAUGGCUUUCCCCAAACCCGGAAUUUCUAUUCAGCAGGAUGAUGGAAACUCGGUGUCCUCUGCAGCAUCCAGCAGAAGGCCUGGUGAGGCUGAAUGGGACUGGGACGCUGACGUCGACGUGGGCGCUGUCAUCAGCCAAGUCCGCAAGUCGCGCUCCUCGCAUAUUCUGGGCAGCAGUUCGCGCACCUCGGUCUCGUCCACUACGCCUUCCAAGCAACGCCUGAGCAGGCAGAACAGCACCGCGAGCCACGUCAGCCCCAAGAGCGGCGCGAGGAGCGAUGCUGGGAAAAAGCUUUCUGUGGCGCCCAUGUCCAACGCCGCCAUUGCGCAGCGAAGCAGCGUUUGCGAUGAUGUUCUUGCCGCGUGGAGCAGCCUCGGUGGCUCGCGCGGUGAAUUCUACGGUUAA